AUGAGAGCAAACGACUAUUUCAUCAUCCCAAUUAGUGUCGCAAUCCUGAUCACCCUUCUUUCCGUGAUCAUAACGAAAAGGACAUUAGGGUCCUCGAAAUCUGCCGGCGGUGAGAGAACUCCACCGGGGCCAUGGAAGCUGCCGAUUAUCGGGAACCUCCACCAGCUGGCAACCGGCUCGUCCCUCCCACACCGCCGGCUAGCGGAGCUGGCCCAACAGUACGGUCCUCUCAUGCAACUUCAGCUCGGCGAAAUCCCCACGGUGAUCGUGUCGUCCGCAGAAUGGGCCAAAGAGUUCAUGCAGGCCCACGAUCUCAACUUCGCCAGCAGGCCCUUCAUCCCCGCGGCCAACAUCAUCUUCUACGGCGGCCGAGACAUCGGAUUUUCCCCUCACGGACCCUACUGGACAAAGAUGAGGAAGAUUGUGGCCAUGGAGCUUUUGGGCGCCAGGCGUACCAAGAUGUUGCGGCCCAUCAUGGAGGAAGAGAUGGCGAAGCUCGUGGGCCUGAUCAACACGAAGCCCACCAUCAACCUCACCGAAAUGAUGCUCUCCUUGGGCAACUCCAUCACGUGCCGUGCCGCCUUUGGCAAGAUUCAAAAGCAAGAGGAAGUUUUCUUGCCGUUUAUUAAACAGUUCAUGAAGAUGCUGGGAGGGUUCAGCCUUGUCGACCUCUUCCCUUCCAGUAACUUGCUGCGGCUACUCGUUGCCAACGCAGCCGAGAGAAAACUGAAGAAGGUUCACUCCGCGGCCGAUGCUAUCAUGGAAACUAUAAUCAACGACCGUUUAGCUAAGAGAUCAUCAAAAAAAGCAGCUGCUGGAAACGACGAUGAAGAUCUUCUUGGCGUGCUUCUGAAUCUUAAAGACACUGACGACUUGGGCUUCACUGAGAUUAAAGCUGUCAUCCUCGUAAGUCACAUGGACAUGUUUCUGGCUGGAUCUGAUACGUGGACCAUUACCGUCGAAUGGGCAAUGUCUGAACUCAUGAAGCAUCCGAGAGUCAUGGAGAAAGCGCAAAGAGAAGUGAGGAAAGUUUUUAAUGGGAAAGGUGUGGUUGAUGAGGCAUCUAUCGAUCGACUACAAUAUUUGCAAUUAGUUCUAAAAGAAACUCUGAGACUGCAUCCUCCUGGUCCUUUGGCUAUUCCAAGAGAAAGUAAGGAGACAGUUAUGGUCAAUGGAUAUAAAAUACUGGCAAAGACAAGGGUCUUCGUCAAUCUAUGGGCCAUCAACAGAGAUCCGCACCAUUGGACCCAACCCGAAGUCUUUGAACCCGAGAGGUUCCUCAACAGCUCCGUUGAUUUCAGGGGAACCGAUUUCCAUUACCUCCCAUUCGGGGCUGGACGACGGAUGUGUCCGGGAAUGCAUUAUGGGCUCGCUUUGGCUUAUCUUUCCCUCGCCAAUUUGAUCUAUCAUUUCGACUGGAAGCUUCCUCACCAAAUGAAACCCGAAGAUUUGGACAUGAGUGAAAGAUUUGGCAUCGAAGUGAAGAGGCAAAAGAAUUUAAUCCUCAUCCCCGCACCAUACCAUCCCAGAUAA